GACAGAGUUUUUAUUCUGAUGAUUGGUCAUCAACAGCAGCAGCAACCCCCAGAUUUACGAGCUCCUACAAGACUGACAGCAGAUCUCCAGUUCCAGUUUCCAGUUUCGGUUCCAUUGACCUGAACCACCCAGUUAUUGUUUAUAAUGUAAACAGACAACUUCCUGUUCCUGGUUUUAUUAUUUUCAGUCUCGGUUUUUGUUGAUUGUCCAGACACGUGUUAGUUUAAAAUAAAAAUAUUAAGAGCGCAAAAUGAACGAAGACGCGGUGAUAAAUGGCUGCAGCAAAGAGUUGUCAAGUAAUUCGUCGGUGAUGAUAACUGAACAGGAGCGUGAACUGGCUACGAGCGCAUUGAAUGAGUUCAAGAAACGUAAUUACGUUAAUUGCUUGACGUUUCUUAAUAAAUUGGAGUCGCUGAGACCGAAAGAUCUCAAGGUUAUGCACAACAAAAUAAUUGUCGAGUACUACAAGAGCGAUUUGAUGAAGACAGAGCUGGCGAGGAAGAGUUUGAAUGCCAUCGGCGGGUCACCGGUCAGUGAAGACUCGGCUGGUGAUGGUGCCAAUGACGGGACUGAUGAUGCGGAAAAAUGUGUCAUGAGAUACAAUCAGGCUGUGGUACUUUUUCACAGCAGGCAGUACGAGCUCGCGUUGCAGAUACUGGAAAAAUUGUUCAGUUUUGUCGAGCCAAUGGAGGAAAAUUUAGCAUGGAAAGUUUGUCUGUUUCUUAUUGAACUUUAUAUCCAGACAAAUAGACUUGCGCUGGCGCUGGCUCUUGUUAAUUACGUGGAGAAUCAGUUCAUUUGCAGCAACGUCACCGACAGCAAAAUGAAUCCUGGAUCUACGAGUGCAAUAAACUUGGAGAAACCUGAUGCCAAAAUAACUGUCAAAGACAAUGGGAAGAAGAACGACGGCUGGAUGGGGAACAACACAGACUCCAACAAUGAAAUCUGCAGAAUAAAAUUACUCAAGUACAAAGUAAGACUUUUGUUGCUGCUGCAACACCCGAAGCUGUGCAAAAAGGAGUGGAAACUCUUGAUGUCAUUGACUGGCAGUCCUGGAGCGGAAGCUGCUGGGUCUAAUAUAUCGACGGUCUUUCUGAAAGCACAUCUUGAGUAUGUGAGAGGCAAUUACAGCAAAUCCAUGAGCUUGUUGAACUCGUGCACUGGGAACAGUGCUGACAAUUUAGAGUACAAAGUCCACGGGGAGUCAGCGGCUGUUAUUUACUACAACAAUAUUGCGUGUGUCCAUUUCGCUAGAGGCAAACCAAAUUUGGCGGCAUUUUAUUUGAAACGCGCGUUGGUGGAGAACAAGAAAGCUGUUGAUGCCGCGCGGGUCAAGGACAACAAUGCUGGCAAUUCUGCUGGACAAGACAAUUGUUCUUCUCAGUUUCUGUACACACUAGGAGGGGGCGACAAACACCAUGAGCUGAUGUUCAACCUGGGAGUUGCUCUGCUAGGCGCUAAUCAGGCCACCAAAGCCUUUGAUUGUUUCACUGAAGCUGCGCGUGGCUGCACCAGAUUACACAACAGCCCGGAACUCUGGCUAAGAAUGGCUGAGUGUUGCAUUCACUGCUACAAGCCGUCAAAUAAAAUAGACUUUGAUAUGACGACCAGGAGACAGAGACCGAUGACCCGGGGCCAGAGGGGCCGGUGCCAGGACUUGGUACAGAAAGUUAUCGGUGGAGUUGGUCAACAUCGUAAAAUAAUUCUAGCGUCCGCGUUGAACAAAGACUCGAGGUACCACACCCAGAGUCUAGCGUACGCUAUGCCACAGCCGACACUCGAGUUCGCGAUGCUCUGCUUAAAGAAUGCGCUGCUGACGUUAUCCAGGUCUCCAUAUGAAGAAGCGACGGACAAAAGCGCAAAGUCCAUGUUGAUCACAACUCCUCCAGGGUCUAGUUUCCUGUCGGAUGGAAACGCGACCGGCUUACUUAGCAGCGGAUCAACGUCUCUGGCCACGGGGAUUGCUGAAGAGACCGGUACGAUAAUAAACGCAGGCACGACGAUUCAAAUCUUGCAAGCAAAGUGGAUGUCCGAGGCGAUAAAUCUGAAGAUCGCUAUUUUGACUGCCAGUGCCUACGUGUCGCUUUGUUUGGGUGACUAUGUCUUGGCACUAGAGCACGCGAGGACGCUUCUGAAAAUAGAAUCACUGCCAGGUGCUUACAAAAUGCUGGGUAAUUUAUAUGCUGCCGAAAGUCUCAUACUUAUGGACAAAAUAAAUGAAGCGAUUGCCCAUUUGAGGCUGCAGAAUCUAGAAGACAUCAGCACGGCGAUGCCAACAGUCGUCAUUCCGGCUGAUCAGGAUGAUGAUGACUCUGAUAAAAAAAAUGAAGUAAAAAGAGAGUCAUCAUUAUCAGCCUCGUGGUUCCCCAAGAGUCUGAACACCGCCAAAGGAAUCUUGAGGUACAAUCUCGCGGUCAGCUACGCAAUACGCGGCGAGCUUGAUAAAUCUGGCGAGACUUUGAAACAAGUUUGGCUGUCAAAAGGUCCCGAUUGUGAUGUUCCAAUUCAUGUGAUAAUGCUCGCUUUGUACAUUGAACUGAAACUAGGUCAUGAUGAAGUUGCUAGAUCAAUUGUCAAACAACACUGUCCCCAGUACUGGGUCUAAUUAUCACAAUAUUUCUUUUUUUUUUAAUUUUGUAUAUUAAUUAGCGAUUGUAAAAUGAAUUGAAUUAGCAGUUACCUAAUUUUGAAAUAAAAAAAUUUGACUGAACACGUU